GCUGCAGAGGAGCCGCAUGCUCCAUCCCGGCAUUCUCCAAGCACUGACUCCCCAUCCACUCUGACCACAGCCAGGGGCCACAUCCCACUGCCUGCCCAGCGUCCAUCCAUGGAGGUGAGCACCGUGCCCCCUCCUUUCACCUCACCCACCGAUGAACCUGAUCCGUGUGGGAUCAAUGUCAGCAGCAUGGCCAUACAGGUUGUGACGCUGCUCAUCUCCCUCUGCGGGCUGGCUGGGAACGGCGCUGUCCUCUGGCUCCUCCACAUCAAUCCCAUCUCCGACUUCAUCUUCAACCAGGCUAUCACCGACUUCCUCUUCCUCAUCUUCAUGGUCCCCUCCAGCCUGCUCUUCCUGCUGGAGGACAUGUCCUGCUCUGCUAUAAUGCCCCUGAUGUAUUUGAGCUUGCUUUUCCAGCUCUCGCUGUUCUCCUACAACAUGGGGCUCUAUCGGCUGACCUUCAUCAGCAUCGAGAGGUGCAGGUCCGUCCUCUGCCUGUUUUUCUGCGGUUUGCAGCUUUCCGAGCGCCUGCUGUGGGUGCUGAUGCACGUCCUGUUCUGGGCCUUCCUCUUCGUUGUCAUCGCUGUCAAUCCCAUGGUGACUUCCCUGUGCCAGUCGCACGAGCAGGAGCACUGCCGCGUGGCUCUGCUCUCCAUGUACGCCCUCAGCCUCUUCCUGUUUGCCGUGCCCAUGGUCAUUUCCAGCACAGUCCUCUUCAUUCAUUUCCAGCCUGGCUCCCAGCAGCAGCAGCAGCAGCAGCAGCAGCAGAGGCUUGACAUGGUUGUUUUCCUCGCUGCACUCUGCAGUCUGCCCCUCAGUCUCUGGUAUUUCCUGCAGCAGCUCGGCUACACCGUGGUGUCCUCCCAGGUGGUUUUCCUGCUCACCUGCAUCAACAGCAGCAUCAAACCCUUCAUCUACUUCUUGGUGGGGAGCUGGGAGAGAGAUUACUCCUUGGGGAGAUGCUGGGGACAGUGCUCCAUAGAGAGCUGCAGGAGUCACUCCUCCAUGGAGUCCCUAAGGAAGGCUCUCCAGAGGGUCUUUGAGGGGCAGGAAGGAAACAGCGCCCACAGCAGUGAUGCCACCAUGGACACAGGGGUCUGAGCCUGCGGAUCCCUUCCCCUGCACUGCUGAAGGACCUCUGGACAGUGGCUGAGAGGUUCCUGGAGCCACCUGAUGGAUAAAUACCCACAGGAUCACCCUCCUGUGCUGGUGCGCACUGGGGCCUGAGGAAGGCCUUGUGAGGCCUCAGCGCUGAGGAGCAGCCCCUGGCGCUGGUCACAAACACCCUCUGCUCCAGGAGCUGCUGCUGUCCAGCCUCCUCUGGGGUGUAUGAACAGCCUUGGAGAUUGGUUUAAUUCCCUGAAUCCCUGUUCUCACCCUCCCAAAGCGAGGUGCUGCCCGAAGCGUGGCCAGGGUGAAACAUUGCUGUGGCUGAGGGCCGUGGCCUGGGGCUGUGACCAGCGGUGCCAAAGGAGACCCUUGGGGCUCUGCUGGGCCCAGCAGCGCUGACCAGAACCUCCCUCGGAGCGGGGCCUCUCCCAGCUGGAUCUCUCCUGUUUAUUUGGAGAAACCUGAACUAAGAUCCUGGGCAGAUCCCCCACUGCUCAAAGCUCCACCCUUU